GGUCCGUCUCGCCAGCCGUCAGUUCAUAUUCGCAUUCAGUAUCAACUAUCAACGAGUAGAAUUUUAGUGCAGCGCUAAAGAAGAUUUUCUUUUCAAGUUAAAAUCAUAAUUCAAUCAACUUAUGAUUAUUUUAUUGUACGAGCUAGAACUCUAGGCGAUAUAAUAACGCAUUAACUCAUCAAAGGCAACAAUUGCUUUCUAUACCAGUGUGUAUAAAGGCACAUAGACGGUUGCAAAUCAGAUCAGAUCGAGAAGUCGUUUGAAGAAAUUGUCAACCUCAAAAUUCAAUCAAAAACAUAAAACCGAAGAGACACGGAGAGUGAACAGAAGUCCUUAAACUCGCCAUUACAUUAAUUUGAAAACCGGGAAUAGCUGUUUUGCUGUGAAUUUUAACAAGCAAGAAGACAAAAUCAAGAUGAUGAAAUUAUUUGCCGCAGUUUUGAUAUUGGCCGCUGUGGUCAACGCGCAAAUGACAUGCCGCUUGGAGCAACCACGUAUGCCAGUUGAAUGGGUGGGUCUCAAUGACAAAAACGGCCAGUGUUUGGAGGAGAUGCGAAAGCAAAUCCAGAUGGAAAUCAAUGCUUCCAACAUCUAUUUGGCCAUGGCUGCACACUUCUCACGCGACGUCAUCAAUCGCCCCGGUUUUGCUGAGCACUUCUUCAAGUCGGCGCGCGAGGAACGCGAGCAUGGUUCAAAACUCAUUGAGUAUCUGUCCAUGCGCGGCCAGUUGACGGAUGCUGUCACCGACUUGAUUCAUCUUAUUGAUGUUGACGUUAGAGUCGAUAGUGGUGCUGAUGCUCUCCGCCAGGCGCUUGAAUUAGAAACCAAAGUCACCAAGAGCAUUCGCAAUGUCAUUAAAACUUGCGAGAAGUCACCAAACUGGUACCACUUGGUCGACUGGCUAACUGGUGAAUUCUUGGAUGAACAAAUCACCGGACAACGUGACUUGGCCGGCAAGUUGAGCACUCUUACAAAGAUGAUGGCAAGCCAAGGCCCUUUGGGCGAAUUCUUAUUCGACAAGCAAUUGUAAAUUGCUUCCACAAUUCAAUUCACCUACCAGUCAAGUGAUCAUUUAUUCAAUUCAUUGUACCUAUAUUUGAAAUAAAAAGACCAGAACAACAACAACACGGUAAAUUACCCACUUCCGAGGCAAAUUAUUCAUGUGAAGACUAUACAAAAUAUUCUAUUUUGUGAUGGCGUACAAGCGGAGGUGACCAGAAGAAGCACAUGAAAAAGAAAGAAAGAAAAGCUUGAAAGCUGGACUUGUCGCUAUAUCUAUAAACUACUGUAGCAACUGAAAAAGUAAUGAAAUUAUUUGUGUAUGAAUUGAAAUUAGUAUUCAUUUAGCAUUUUUGUGUUCUUUAUAAUAGUCUUAAAUACUGUAUUAAAAAUUGGAAAUUAACUUUAACUAUAA